GCGAGAGGUCGCGAAGGAGCGCGUUACCCAGCAUGCAGCGGGCGGCGCGUUCGCACUAAGAUGGCGGCGCCUCUGGAUGAGUACGAGAAGGAAGCGGGCUGUGUCCCUAUCCUGCACCCUGAGGAAAUAAAGCCCUCAGCCCAUUAUAACCAUGGAUACACUGAUACUCUUGGUCGUAAAAGUCACAUUGAUGAUUAUAGUACAUGGGAUAUCGUCAAAGCUACACAGUAUGGAAUUUAUGAACGUUGUCGAGAAUUGGUAGAAGCAGGCUAUGAUGUUCGGCAACCAGAUAAAGAAAAUGUUACGCUUCUACAUUGGGCUGCAAUCAAUAACAGAUUAGAUUUAGUGAAGUACUACAUAUCAAAAGGUGCUAUUGUUGACCAGCUGGGAGGGGAUCUAAACUCCACACCACUUCACUGGGCGACAAGACAGGGUCAUUUAACAAUGGUUGUACAGCUAAUGAAAUAUGGUGCCGAUCCAUCUUUAAUUGAUGGAGAAGGAUGCAGUUGUAUUCACUUGGCAGCCCAGUUUGGACAUACCUCUAUUGUUGCGUAUCUGAUAGCCAAGGGACAGGAUGUAGACAUGAUGGAUCAAAAUGGAAUGACUCCUUUAAUGUGGGCAGCUUACAGAACACAUAGUGUGGAUCCAACUCGAUUGCUGCUUACUUUUAAUGUUUCGGUGAAUCUGGGAGACAAAUAUCAUAAGAAUACAGCAUUACACUGGGCAGUACUAGCAGGGAAUACAACAGUGAUUAGUCUCCUUCUAGAAGCUGGAGCUAAUGUUGAUGCCCAGAAUAUCAAGGGCGAAUCACCACUUGAUUUAGCAAAACAAAGAAAAAAUGUUUGGAUGAUAAACCAUCUGCAGGAGGCAAGGCAGGCUAAGGGAUAUGACAAUCCAUCAUUCCUCCGAAAGCUGAGAGCUGAUAAGGAGUUCCGUCAGAAGGUGAUGCUGGGAACACCUUUCCUAGUUAUUUGGCUGGUUGGGUUUAUAGCAGACCUUGACAUUGAUUCCUGGCUUGUUAAAGGACUGAUGUAUGGUGGUGUUUGGGCUAUGGUUCAGUUUCUUUCCAAAUCAUUCUUUGAUCACUCCAUGCACAGUGCACUGCCUCUUGGAAUCUACCUAGCAACAAAAUUCUGGAUGUAUGUGACAUGGUUUUUCUGGUUUUGGAACGAUCUAAAUUUCCUGUUCAUCCAUCUUCCAUUCCUUGCCAAUAGCGUUGCACUUUUCUAUAAUUUUGGAAAAUCCUGGAAAUCAGACCCAGGGAUAAUUAAAGCCACAGAAGAACAAAAGAAAAAGACAAUUGUAGAACUUGCAGAGACAGGAAGUCUGGACCUCAGCAUAUUCUGCAGUACCUGUUUGAUACGGAAACCAGUGAGGUCCAAACAUUGUGGCGUGUGCAAUCGAUGUAUAGCCAAGUUUGACCACCACUGCCCCUGGGUCGGUAACUGUGUAGGAGCAGGCAACCAUCGCUAUUUCAUGGGCUAUCUGUUCUUUUUACUCUUCAUGAUUUGCUGGAUGAUUUAUGGAUGCAUUUCUUACUGGGGAAUCCAUUGUCAGACUAGUUAUACAGUAGAUGGAUUUUGGACAUAUAUUACUCAAAUUGCCACCUGUUCACCUUGGAUGUUUUGGAUGUUCCUGAACAGUGUGUUUCACUUUAUGUGGGUGGCUGUGCUACUAAUGUGUCAGAUGUACCAGAUCUCCUGUUUAGGUAUUACUACAAAUGAAAGGAUGAAUGCAAGACGAUAUAAGCACUUUAAAGUUACAACAACAUCCAUUGAAAGCCCAUUUAAUCAUGGAUGUAUAAGAAACGUUAUAGACUUCUUUGAAUUCAGAUGCUGUGGUCUUUUUCGUCCUGUUAUUGUGGACUGGACAAAACAGUAUACAAUAGAAUAUGACCAAAUAUCCGGAAGUGGCUACCAACUAGUGUAACAUCCAGCUUCAACCUGUGAGCAUAUCAUAUCUGAGUGGUGCCUGAAAAUUGGUUUCUCUUGAAUCCAUGAACAGUAGCAUGCUAUGAAUAGAGCUAACAAUGAAUCUAAUGGUACCUUCUCUGCAUCAGUUUAUUAACAGAUAUAAACAAAGGACAGAAUAAACUGCCAACUCUGAUAAAG